AUGGCGUCUUUACACGGUCAGCCGGCAGCGUCCACCCAAGUUUCUAACAGACUGGGUGAGGAGGCUGCUUCAUUUGCUUCAAUCAGUCCUAUCAGAUUGGUUUUGACAGUCAUCGGUGUCUUAUUUUCCUGCUUGGUCGUUCCUUUUUUGAUUACCCACACACUUCUGUGGCCUCGGAUUAACUACAUCGAAAAGGAAUAUCACAGAUUAGUCCCUUUGACUUGGGACAUCCUGCGAGGAAGUUCCGAUAUUCUCAAUUUCUUGAAGACAUCGGCACCACUUCUAGCCACAUGGUUCAACUACAAAUGUUAUUUCGUCCAAGGGACCGCAAACAUCCGCUCCACCUUCCAAAACAAGUCCCUUUCCACCUUCUUCUUCCAGGGCAUCUUCACACACCGCGUCUUCCUUCUGCCGAAAGAAGACUUGGCCCUCUUCUGGACUGAAGAAGAUGCCAACAGCUCCCACCGGCCAACUAAACACGGCGCGCAAGAAGUCAGAAACGAUUUUGGUGCCCGUGGCACCCAGCACAUUGAAAAUCUGCUUGCGGGCGAGGGCACAAAACGAUUCAAUCCAAGGUUUGAUGAGCACCUGGCUACAAACGUGGCAAACUUGGCUUCUCCUGAUGAUGGAUGGAAGGAAUACCCAGACUUGAAGACUGUCCUGGAUAUUGACAUUAACCGCUCGUUCAUCGACACGCUUUGCGGUCCAAGAUUGCUCUCGGUGAAUCCUACUUUUCUUGAAGACUGGCGCUGUGUGCACGACAACAUUACAUUAAUUUUCCUCGGUGCACCACGGUUCCUGUUUCCGCGGUUGAUCGGCGCACGCGAUCGUUGUCUGCACGCCAUCCAGGAGUGGACAGAAUGGGCGACAUCCAACUUCCACCCAGAUUCCAUUGCUGAAGAUGGUUCCGACCCUUACUGGGGUCACGAGUUCUUCCGUGAAAGGACAGCCAUGUAUAUUGAGGUUGACAAGUUUCCCUUCAAUGGUACUGCAAACCCUACGCCGGCUGCAUUUUGGGCUGUUUGGGAAAUUUGCAGAGAUCCCGAACUGCUUCGACUUGUACGAGAGGAAGCCAUGGAUUGUCUCCUCCCAUCCUCAAGCGACGCGCUUAAAUUCGACAUGGAAAAAUUGUUAAGAAAGCCCGUUCUUCAAGCAGUCUUUGCUGAGACUCUACGGCUAAGAGUUCAUGGAAUCAUCCCCCGCAAGACUCCCCAGGAAGGCGUCAAUGUCCGUGGCAGCCUCAUUCCCAAGCACACGCUGUUCUUCAUCAACUCUACCACGCAGCACAUGGACCCAAAUGUGUGGUGCACGGGAACAGCCAAGGACCAUCCUCCCGAGGAGUUUUGGCCGGGCAGGUUCCUGCUGGAGGAAAAGACUAGCAAAGGGAACUUUGUAUACAGUAUCAGUGGCAAGUCUGGAGCUUGGGUGCCGUUUGGUGGUGGAUCGCACAUGUGUCCAGGGCGCUUCCUGGCCAGACGCAUCAUAACUGGUUGUAUGGCUCACUUUGUUACUCGUUAUGACUGUGAAUUCUUGUCCGAGAAGGCGGCCUCGGGGGCUCUAGGCAUGAGUUUGAAGACGUUUGGUUUGGGCACUCUGCACCCUUCUGAAAAGGUGCCAUUUCGAAUCAAGGUGAGGGAUAUCUGGAACAAUAACCCGUGA